AAGGUGGUGUUGUUUCUAGAUACACGCACGCGCUUGUGUCUUUCAACUUUGUGCCAUCAAAAUCACAACCUCAUCUAUUCUAUUCUCUAUCAUCACAUCUCAAACAUAUAUAACCCAUCCAAUGCGGAAAUCCGCUGCUCACAGAUUCAGCCAUCUUUUCAACCGUUCACUUGUUCUUCGUCAUCUUCUUGACAAUCAACAUCAACAUCACACCCCUUCUUCUUCUUCUUUUCUCUCUGCCUUCUCCCAAUUAUCCCCCUUUCGUCUCUUCUCUUCUAUUACUCCUUCUUCUUCAAUGGCUUCCUCUCCUUCUGAUUCACCCUUCCCUGUAACCACCCAUAACAUCAACCCCAAGGUUCUGAAGUGUGAGUAUGCUGUUCGAGGAGAGGUUGUCACACUUGCCCAGAAUUUGCAACAAGAUUUACAGGCAAAUCCAGGCUCUCAUCCAUUUGAUGAGAUCAUUUACUGCAACAUUGGAAAUCCUCAGUCUCUUGGUCAGCAGCCAAUAACUUUUUUCCGAGAGGUUCUUGCAUUAUGUGACUAUCCUGCUAUGUUGGACAAAAGCGAGACACAGGGUUUGUUCAGUGCUGAUGCAAUAGAGCGAGCUUGGCAGAUUGUGGGUCAGAUUCCUGGGAGAGCAACUGGUGCCUAUAGUCAUAGUCAGGGUGUUAAGGGCCUUCGUGAUACAAUAGCCGCUGGAAUUGAAGAGCGCGAUGGUUUUCCUGCCAAUCCCAAUGACAUUUUCUUGACAGAUGGGGCAAGCCCAGCAGUCCAUAUGAUGAUGCAAUUACUCAUAAGAUCAGAGAAUGAUGGUAUUCUGUGUCCCAUCCCUCAGUAUCCUCUGUACUCAGCUUCGAUUACCCUCCAUGGUGGCAGCCUAGUACCUUACUAUCUAGAUGAAGCAAGUGGUUGGGGAUUGGAAAUAUCUGAAGUCAAGAAGCAGUUGGAGGAUGCCAAGUCCAAGGGCAUCAGUGUUAGGGCUUUAGUUGUUAUAAACCCUGGCAAUCCAACAGGGCAGGUUCUUUCAGAGGAAAAUCAGCGGGAUAUAGUAGAAUUUUGCAAGCAAGAAGGUCUGGUUCUUUUGGCUGAUGAGGUAUAUCAAGAAAAUGUUUAUGUUCCUGAAAAGAAAUUUCACUCUUUUAAGAAGGUAUCCCGGUCCAUGGGAUAUGGCGAGAAUGAUAUCUCCCUAGUAUCUUUUCAAUCAGUCUCCAAAGGCUAUCAUGGGGAGUGUGGGAAACGAGGAGGUUAUAUGGAGGUGACUGGGUUUUCUGCAGAAGUGAGGGAACAGAUAUAUAAAGUGUCAUCUGUCAAUCUUUGUUCUAAUAUCUCCGGUCAAAUUCUUGCAAGCUUGGUCAUGAGUCCGCCUAAGGUUGGAGAUGAGUCAUAUGAGUCAUACAUGGCUGAGAGGGACAGUAUUUUAUCCUCCCUUGCUAGGCGUGCAAAGACACUGGAAGAAGCACUUAACAAUUUAGAGGGUGUAACAUGUAACAAAGCAGAAGGGGCAAUGUAUCUGUUUCCCCGUAUUCGCUUGUCUGAAAAGGCUAUCAAAGCUGCAGAGGCUGCAAAUUCAGCACCUGAUGCCUUCUAUUGUAAACGCCUGCUUAAUGCCACUGGGGUAGUUGUUGUUCCUGGUUCUGGUUUUGGACAGGUUCCUGGAACUUGGCAUUUUAGGUGCACCAUAUUGCCUCAAGAAGAUAAGAUUCCGGCCAUUGUCACCCGCUUGACAGAUUUCCAUAAAAAAUUCAUGGAUGAGUUUCGUGGUUGAGGACUCUUGCUUGAAUUUUUUUUUUUUUUUUUCAAAACCCAACUGAUAUUUUACAUUGAUGGAUUUUGUGCUUGAAGAAACUAGUCCCUCAUUAUUUACUGACUGAAUAAAUGUGUUAGUUCAACUUAUAAUUGCAUUUUGAAUAUCCAAGACGUGAAUGGAGAUAUGGUUUUCUCCAUUCUUUUCCUUCAUUGUGA